AUGUCCGCAUUCUUCCAGUGGCUCAACCGCGAGACGGGCCUACAAUCCAUCUACACCUACGGCAACACUGACAUAUACCUAAUCCUGCUAACCCGAUUUCUCCGCAUGUUUGCCUAUGGUGGCGCCGCCCUCGUUCUGGCAAUCUUCUUGUACACUCAAGCGGGGGUCGAUUGGAAGAAGACAGGCACAUUCAUGACUUUGACGUUACUUGGCGAUGCUGCGAUCAGUUACGGGCUGACAAUCGUGGCUGACAAAAUUGGCAGACGACGUGUGCUACUAAUAGGUUCUUUGCUCAUGAGCUUCGCUGGGACAGUGUUCGCCUUGAGCAAGAAUUACUAUCUGCUUCUAUUCGCUGCCAUUGUGGGUGUGAUAUCCCCGGGAGCACAUGAAGUUGGACCGUUUCGAGCUGUUGAAGAAGGAAUCCUUGCACAACUUUCCCCUAUCGAGGCUCGUACCGAUAUCUACGCCUGGUUUGCCGUCUCGUCCACCCUUGCCAUGGCAUGCGGCCUAUUCGUCACCGGGUGGAUAACCUAUGCUCAACGGACAUACAUGGGGCGUGACUGGAAAGAAACGUAUCCUCCUGUUUUUGGUCUCUAUGCUAUGAUUGGGCUGGUCAAGCUUUCUAUCACGUUCCUUCUCAGUAAGAACUGCGAAGCCAGCGCGGCGGCGCAGUAUUCUUGGGCUCCAACCACCACAGCAAGUGCGAUAGACGGAGGGCCGAGUCCCUCGUCGGAGCAGACAAGGCCUCUCCUGGAUGGCCUGCCUCGUCGGUCGUCGAUCCCAAAGCAAGCCAAUGUGAGAACGACAGCUCGUACGACUCAACAGUCUCAGCCCGACUCGUUCUUCCGCCGUCUCCGCCGCUCACUCAGCUCACCCUGGAAGGUGUCCCGCUCCUCGUGGCCCAUCCUGUUACGCCUCUGUUUCCUGUUUGGUCUGAACGCAUUCGCAUCAGGCAUGCUCCCCGUCACGGUGAUGAGUUGGUACAUGUCGUGGCGCAGCCGAUGGUUCUUAACUCAUCGGAUCGGCUAUGCUCUAAGCGUCGUCUGGCUCGCAGCGAGUCUCUCCAAUUUGUUCAGCGCCGCCGUCGCCCGGCGGCUAGGACUCGUCAAAGCGAUGGUUUGCACACACCUGCCCAGCGCCUUGUUCCUGGCACUUGUUCCGCUGGGGCUAGUGGCUUCGGGUUGGCAACUCUUACUGGUCCUCUUGCUUGCUGACGCGGUACUGGGCUCCAUGGAUCAGGCUCCUCGCGAAGCAUUCGUCGCGGCGGCUUUUCUGCCCCGUGAAAGAACACAAGUCAUGGGAACGCUAAACUUUGUAAGGACCUUGGCUGCGAGCUUAGGCCCGGUGGUUACGGGACUCGUGUGGAGUAAGCAGAGAUGGUGGGUGCCGUUUGAGAUUGCAGCAUUCUUGAAGAUUUGCUAUGACGUGGGCCUGUUGAUUAUGCUGUUGAAGACGCCUCUGCCGGAGGAACACAGGAGGGUGACUGGCAUCUCGAGCGAUGGCGAGAGUCAACAGAUGAGAAUGACUGCUGCCGACAUGGAUGUCAAUGUUCUGUUGGAUGAGCUGGCCACUAACAGCGGUGGAUUGGUACCGCCGAGCGAGUUUGAAGUGAGUGACGACGAGGGGGAGGACGAUAGAAUGGAGGUUACGGAGGUGCGUGAGGAUAUUUCUGGCCUCCCAAAGUACGAUGAAUAG